AUGGACCCAAGUGGCCAUGUUGAAGAUCUUGGAGAUGCAAAAACCUCCAAGCCCCGCCGAGACCGCAAAUCAAAUGAGUCGCCGAAUGGCCUCCCAGUUUUCUGCCGGAGCAGACACUUCAACAGAGCAUCAGGCACUUAUUCUGUGCCACUUUGGGACUUUACUUCAAGGUGGUUGCCCGAAGAGCUCAAGCUGCUGAAGACGUCCGAGCCGAGGUCAGCGCGAGCUGUGCCUGACUUUGAGCCUCCCGUCAGAGGUUCGGAGGCCCAAGCGACCCAGAAUGAUGCUGAAGUUGCUGAAGUUGCGGGAGAGCAGAAGGACGGUCAGAUUGGUCAGCCGGAAGAACCAGCACCGGACCCUCCAAGCGAAAGUGAUGAAAGCGAGGUUGCUUGGGAAGGACAUUUGGGGGUGGAAAGCAGAGCUUGGGCAAGGGGCAUUGUUGAUGGAGCGCUCAUCUUGCUUCGACGCCUGCAGUCUGGGUCAGAUCUUCCCAUAAUCUACGGUCUAGGGGUUUGUGCAGCCCUGAUUCCACCCGAGACGCUUGCAGAAGGAAGUGAUGUGUCUUUGGACAGGCGCCUGGCUGAAAUCUUGCGGACUCGCUCGCCCCGAUGGGCUGUGUGCGCGUUGCGCAGUGGACAUUUUGCUGGGGCAAUUUUCAACGGACAGGAGGCCAUUAUUCACAAAGCCAUUCACCGGUACACUGUCCGAGCAAAAGCGGGAGGAUCGCAGAGUUCAUGUGACAGCAGCAAGAAGGUCAAGAGCGUUGGCUCGUCGUUGCGACGCUAUGGAGAGCAACGCCUGGCAGAAGAGAUCAAAGAGCUCAUGACUGACAAGUGGGCGCCGCACCUGGCAGAGUGUGAGCUGGUUCUCAUAUCCGUUUCGAAACGAAUGAGGCCAACGCUUGUUGGCACCGAGAAAGAGCCUUUCCUGCCGGACCCACGAAAAGUUCGCAAGUUGCCUUUCAUGAUUGGCAAACCAACUUUUGAAGCUGUCCAGUCAGCCUAUCUUCGCGCUGCAAGCGUUGUCUUUUGCGAGGAGGGCAUUGCAGACUUGGUCACUGCCAAAUUCAGGCCAGCAACCGGCUCUGGAGCAUCUGAUCCGAAAGAAUCUAAGCCGCAAGCCUUGAUUCCGAAACCAGAACCAGAACCAGAUCCACCUCCCACAGUGAAGUAUUGUGAGGAGGAGGACCCCCUUUUUACCAAAUUGCACGCAGCGGCCCGGGCCAACGACGUCGAAGCAAUCAGUGAGGAACUGGAGCAGGGUGCAGAUCCAACUUCUCGCGACAGUAAGGGCCGAGUGCCCUACUACUUGUGCACAACUUGGCAGGCUCGGGAAGCUUUCCGAAAGUGGCGGGGAAGCAACGAAGAUGCGUGGGAUUGGACAUCUGCACAGGCUGAGGAGGAAAGACAACUCUUGGAAGCAUCCCAAGCCAAGUGCGACAUGUGCGAACAGCUUGGGGUCACGAAGCCGUUGGUGCAGUGCAAGUCCACUCCGACGGCCGAGCCCUCGGCCGGAAACACGAGUGGCAAGGCAAUUCGGUUGCUGGUGUCACCGUGUUCUGGAAAAGUUCUUGCGCACUGCCCGCAGGUGUCAGCCGCAGGCAGCUUGCGGCAGAAUUUGGCGUCAACUUACAAUGACCAUCAGGCCUUUGGAGAUGACAGGGUGAGAUCGAUGGCUCGUCACGGGGUCAUGCUUGAGAAAGUUGUUGCCAGCAGGCAGGCACAGCGAGGGAGAGGGACCAAUGCUGAGUUGGAUGUGAGGAAAUCAGACCUAGCAUUUCUAACCUCCAACUCGACGAUGUCGCGCCAAAAAGCCACUGCGCUGGCGGCGGGCAGAAUUAUGGCCGAUGAGCUCACAGCCGCAGGCAAAGAGAUGAGCGAGGUGGCUGCUGGUGCAGCAGCAGCUGCCUUCCAAUCUGCAGUUUCAGGGGAGCUUGGGGCAGAGCUAGCAGCCAGCAUUGCUGCCGAGAGCGCGGGCCAAGCAGCCGGCAAAGCCUUGAAAACAGACGAUGGCCCUGCGCGAGGAAAGGUGCAAGCAGUUGCAGAUGCAGCCGCCAUCGCUGGCAAAACGCACGGGCAGUCGCAUCAGCAAGCAGCGACAUCGGGUGCCAUGGCAGCGGGUCAUUUCGCAGCAGGAGAGGCAUCUUCACUUGGGAAGAUGUCAGACGAAGUUGCGCAAGCUGCCGCAACGGCGUCGGCAGCUUACGCCUAUGCUGCCGGAUUGGCCACCAAAGAUAUAGCAACCAUCUCAGCUAAAGCAGCUGCAGCAGCAGCUGCGGACCACGCAAUGGCUGCCGGUAUGCAGUUCAAGGAUAUUCAGAAACUUGCUCGGCAAGCUGCCGUGGUGGCUUUCAACACCGCCACGGAGGUAUACGUGGCCGCCGUUUCGCAGGACAUGGAAACAGAAUCCGCGGAUGUUCCGCGCGAGGAAGAAACCAAGGCUGAUGAGAUCUUGUAUUCGCCUGCAGAUGCAUCGGACGGGCUACAGGCCAUCAAAAAUCUGACUCAGUCAACGGGUGAGGAGCACACAGGUUGGCCGUGGGAGUCGGAUGAGCAUGCCAUAGAAGAGGCUGCAUCUAACCUGCCCAGUCUGCGUGGUGAAGCUGGGGUGGUGGUCAGCAGCCUAUAUGGGGAGCCUGGCCAGCGCGGAAGUCGUGGGAGCACCGGGCCCGAAGGGCCUGCAGGUGCCCCGGGGCCUGCUGGCGGAGCGGCCCGUGGACCGCCCGGACCCAUCGGAUCUCAAGGACCUCAUGGUCCACCGGGCCCGCAUGGAGACCCUGGACCCGAAGGUGUUCCUGGACCAGAAGGUCCAGUUGGAAGCAUCCCACCCGAGACGCACACAUGGCAGCAGAUUUUAGACUACUAUCACACGGUACUUGGUAAAAUGGAGAAAUCAGUCGGGAGGAAGCACCGUGCGGUCAACAAAGACCUUGCCUCGAUGAACCAGCAGGCCGCACUGUACCAUGCCCGCGACGCCGGAGUACGGCAUGGAGCAACGGGGCUUCACGCAUACCUGCUUCGAUCCUAUGCCCGCGUCGCAGCAUCAUUGUCCCAGGCAAGCCGACUGGACCAUGCCGUUUCGCAUUCUUUUGCUGCAGAGACACCAAGGCAAGACUUGAAGGAUGCCAGGAAGCUUCUUCUGGUCGCGAGGGCCCAGAACAACUUCAUUCGACAGUCGGAGAUUCAGUCCGCACAAAGGUGGCGCAAAGCCGGCCUUCUGGAGGAGAGCAUGAAGAACCAAUCGCAGCAUGCGGUGCUGGGAUGGUUUUCAGUCAUUCUUGGCGCGCUGCAGCUUCUGCUCUGA